AUGGGAGAUACGAGUGACAAUGUUUCGAAUCGUGACUGGGAGACCACAGUCGAUCCGAACGUCGUAGCCCAUUUGCCAAAAGGAUGCCAUGUUGUAUCUUCCGAGAGCCAUAGAAACAGCUUCUGGGGUCAUACUGGUCGCAUAAAUGUCAAAUUAGAUGAUGGAACAUCAACAUCAGUCUUCAUUAAGACUGUGUCUGAAGAACGAGGCAAAAACAUGGUACAUGGGGAGUUCGAAUCAAUGAAGGCCAUAUAUACCCUGCUUCCAGACUUCGCACCGAAGCCGAUCGCAUGGGGGACGUACAAAAACACACCAGACAUUCAUUUCUUUCUAUGUGAGUAUCGAGAGAUGACACAUGAGAUGCCAGAUCCGCAUAAAUUUGCUGCACGCCUCGCGGCUCUCCAUCAAAGCAGUACAUCACCGACGGGGAAAUUCGGCUUCCACAUGGCUACAUACAGCGGUAAUCUACCGCAAAUUAAUGAGUGGGAAGAUAGCUGGGAGGUUUUCUUCGCGAAAAAUAUGAAGAUGGCCCUUGAUCUGGAAAUCACGGCGAAGGGGCCAGACCCAGAACUAGAUCACUUAGUCCCAAUCCUUUUUGACAAGGUUAUUCCGCGUCUAUUGCGUCCGCUUGAGUCAGAUGGCCGGUCUGUAAAACCCUCCCUCGUUCACGGAGAUCUGUGGUAUGGAAACGCUGGAAUUGACGUGAAAACUGGCGAGUCUCUCGUGUUUGACGCUUGCUCCUUCUACGCACACAAUGAAUAUGAGUUUGGCCAGUGGCGGCCUAUUUGCAACCGAUUUGGAAACGAAUAUUUGACAGCCUAUCACUCGUACGUACAGAAAUCGGCACCUGAAGAAGAUUAUGAUGGCCGUCUAGAUCUGUACAAAUUGAGAUUCAACACCCAUGUCUCUGCCCUCUUCACAGAAAACCACACACUUAGAGAGCAGAUGCUCAACGACAUAAAGGAUCUUGUUCAGAGAUAUGGCUAA